CACUUACGCCUUCGUCAACGAGGUUGGCGUCGUUCAUUUUUACAGACCGCAUCUCCAUCUUCUCUCAGUUUCCCCGUCGGAGAGGCCUCUUCUGGUUACCGUUCAUGGCGUCGAAGCGGAUCCUGAAGGAGCUCAAGGAUCUCCAGAAAGAUCCUCCCACUUCCUGCAGCGCUGGUCCUGUAGCUGAAGAUAUGUUUCAUUGGCAAGCAACGAUUAUGGGCCCUCCAGACAGUCCUUAUGCAGGAGGAGUUUUUUUAGUUACUAUUCACUUCCCUCCCGAUUAUCCAUUUAAACCUCCCAAGGUUGCUUUCAGGACAAAGGUUUUUCACCCAAACAUCAACAGUAAUGGUAGUAUUUGCCUGGACAUCUUGAAAGAGCAAUGGAGUCCAGCUUUGACCAUAUCCAAGGUUUGUGGUUGGGAAGGGUUCUUGUUUCAUAUUCAGGUGUUGCUUUCUAUUUGCUCCCUUUUGACCGAUGCGAACCCAGAUGACCCCCUAGUGCCAGAAAUCGCUCAUCUGUACAAGACGGAUAGGGCCAAGUAUGAGACAACGGCAAGGAGCUGGACUCAAAAAUAUGCCAUGGGCUAGUAUGUAUUGUGGGAAGGGCAUGAGGGACGUCGCUGUUGGUUCUUAAUGUAUAAAUGAAAGUUCUCUGUACAAUCUACUAUUGUGGGAGAUUGAAAUAAUUCUAUGUUGCCCCCUCUAAAAUCAAGAUGAUGCUUUUAAGCUUGUGUUCGACUAAUUUAUAUCAAUUAUAUGGUUUUGAAUUCGUA